AUGGAUGCACACUUUACAACCAAUGACCAUAAAUACACGAUGCUUCUAGCACGGAAGAAGGAGAAGAUCGCGAGAAAGAAGAAGCAGAAGGCUGUUGAGAGGGCACCAAAGAAGGCACACAUCACAGAGACACUCAAUGCUACACAGAUUGUCUUCAAUUCAGUCGUUAUCGAAAAAAUGAACGUUCGAACGCUUGAUGCACAACUCGACAAGCUGAAGGCUCUCGGUGUCCCAGACAUCAAGCCAAAGUCUCAGUGUGGUGUACAGGCUGUCAAACUCCAAUCUCUCAUGACAACACUUGCAUCUUACUUCAACAUGCUGUUGCAAACUCCAGUGGAGCCAAUUUCGCCUCAAAACCUGGAGGACACCACAGAUACCCACGGAGAUGAGCUUAUUGAGUCCUAUGGGGAGGAAGACGAUAUGGACUCUGAUGAUGAGUACACCACCAGCAUGGAAAUAUCACCGGUUACUCUUGACCUCCCAGAAUGCUCGCCCAAUCUCAUGCCAUUUCACAUUUCUCACUCAGGGCCCGCACCAAUAUCCACAUACUUUCGCGUCAAGCCCUCGACGCCUUCUAGCCCGCACCUUUCCCUUACACAAAACACGUCCAACGAAACACACCUGUCCACGGACAACAGCCAGAACACCCUUGUUUCUAAAGACUCCCAAUUCUCCCUAACUAUAAUUGCCGAAUCACAGUCUGCUUUAUUAGAGGAGGAUUCACAGGCAUGUCCUGCAGGAGUGAGCGCUUUGAUAGCCGACGCAGAUUCUGGUACUCAGGCCAGCCCAUCAAGCGAAUUGGCUCGUGCGCCACCCGCGGCACCUCCAGUAGAACAUAGUCUCAGCAAUAACUUUAUCGCAGCAUUCAGAGGGAGGCAGGUACACGGUCGUACCGUUGACCUACCACAAGGUUACGGUGGCAUAGUCCUUAGUGCACCGAGCAGUGAUGCAAACAGUCAAGGCGAUGACAUUGCGACGGCUGAAACAAUAGCUCAAACUAGACGCAAGAGUCGAGCGACACGAACAUGCAGCCGACAGAUGGAGACAGAUGAAGACGAUGCGGUGGACGAUGACUCGCGUGUUGAAAUUCGGAGACUGACCCCGGUCUCAAGGUUUUCUUCCUUGACUGUUUGGUCCCCAGACGUACCGGUGGAUGAGGGCAAAGACGAGUGUCUUAGAUCCUUGACGGAGUGGACAAAAUUAGCGGCAGAGAUUCAUGCCUAUGACGCAUAA